AACAAUCGCGAGUCUCAAGUUACAAGGUCAUUGUUGAACUUGGAGAUGUCAAUUUUCAGAGCACACUGCAACGGACAGGUUCCUGAUAAAAACAGAAAGCAUCCAUUUUUCCAAUUACCUUCACAUCUGAAGUAAACUACUUCACUGAAAGCAUCCAAAAUAACUUGCAAACUUACAAAUUAAAAGUCAAAGCUUUUCCUUUCUUUCAUCAAUUAUUUGGCCCAAAAUUUACAGAGAAGUCGGAUUCCAUUUUUAUUUCAUAUUUAUUUAAUUAUGUUGUAAAAUCUUGAAUCACAAACUCUCAAAGAUAGUCAAUGGCAUGUGAUGUUGAAUCUCUUGAUCUUUACCUACCGAUUAAAUAAUGUCCUUCCAUUUUCUUUUUAUUCGUCAAACUUGGAAAUACGAUUUUUCCUCAUCAAGGUACGUUCUUGGUGAUGCUCUUUUAGAUUAAAGCAUCUUACGUUAAAUAAUAUAAAAGAGAAGGUGUUUAAGUCCAACUUGUCAUCCUAACACAAAGAUUAUUGUCAGCUUCCACCAAAACCACUACCGCCACCAAUGGCCAUCCAUUGAAGCUUCCUUCUCCCUUUUUUGAUUGCUACUAUCUGUUUCUUCUUCUUCUUCUUGCUGAUAUCUGUCGUCUUGUUCAUCUUUAUGUUACUUAUUGAUUUUUAGUAUGAAAAUGGCCUUUCUCAGCUUUCUUUUCGCAUUCUUUUAUUCCUUAUCCUCUUUAAUUAUCCUCUGCCAUGCAAUUGAUCGAAUCAAAAACGGUGAAUCAAUACAAGAUGGUGAAACCUUAGUAUCAAGUGAAGAAAUUUUUGAAUUGGGAUUCUUUAACCCUGAAAAUUCUACUUUGCGAUAUGUUGGUAUUCGGUAUCAUAAGAUUCCUGGUCAGCCUGUUAUCUGGGUUGCUAACAGAGAUAGACCGAUUUCUAAUAGAAAUGGGAGUUUUAAAAUCGGUGAAGAUGGAAAUUUAAUUAUUACAGAUGGAAAUGGGAAUUCAAUUUGGUCGAGUAAUCAAAAUAUAUCUAACAACAACACAGUAGCAAUUCUUGAAAACUCAGGUACUCUCAAACUUAGCAGUGACAAUGAGGAACUUUGGGAAAGUUUUGAACAUCCAACCGAUACGUUCUUGCCAAACAUGAAGGUUCGAGCAAGUCUUUCGGCAGGAGAGCAGAGGGUUUUCACUUCAUGGAAAUCUGCAACUGAUCCUUCACCGGGAAACUUCACCAUGGGAAUUGAUCCUAGUGGAGCACCACAGAUACUGAUAUGGAAGAAUUCAACAAGAAGAUGGAGGAGUGGGUAUUGGGAUGGUCAAAUAUUUACGGGUGUGCCAAAUAUGACAAUCCUAGCUAAUAUCAGAUAUGGAUUUAAGUUUGUAAUGGAUUUUAUGACUUAUACUCCAUCUAAUAGUUCUGAUUUGAUGAGGUUUCACAUACGAUGGGAUGGCUAUGAAGAGCAAUUGAAAUGGAAUGUAGAAAAAAACGAGUGGGAUGUGAUGCAAACACAGCCUGCUAAUGAUUGUGAGCUUUAUAACUUUUGUGGAAGUUUUGGGGUUUGUAAAGAAUCUUCUAAUCCCAAAUGCAAAUGUCUGGAUGGGUUUUCUCCAAGGCAUCCAGAUGAAUGGAUGAAGGGCAAUUGGUCAGGUGGGUGUGUGAGAACGGCUGAAUUGCAGUGCCAGAGGAAUACUACUAAUGGUGGAAAUGAUGGGUUUAAGGAGUUAAGUUGCAAUAAAUUGCCAGAUUUUGCUGUUGUAAGGACUGGCGUUUCCCUGGAAUCUUGUCAGGAAAUGUGUUUAAGUAACUGUUCUUGUAAUGCCUUUGCAGUAGUCCAAAAUAUCGGAUGUAUGAUAUGGAAUGGGGACUUGAUUGAUAUUCAGGAUUUUGGCAUACCUAGAAUUGUUAUGCACCUACGUCUGGCUGAUUCUGAAUUUGAUGGCAAGAAACUCUCUGCAGCAGUGAUUGCACUAAUUGUUGUGGCUGGAGUGAUCUUUGUUGCACUAUUUGUAUUGCUAAUCUGGGGGCUACAGAGAAGACUUAAAGUUUCGCCAGCGGCUAUUUCAGCUUCAUUAAUGAGAAAAAGCGAGAAACCAUUUUUCGAUAAGAGCAAGAGCAAAGAGUAUUCAACAGAGAUGUCUGGACCAGCUGACCUUUUCAUUGAUGGGAGCCCAGUAAACGGUCCUGAUCUACCAUUAUACAAUUUCAAUUCUGUAGUAGCUGCUACGAACAAUUUUUCUGAAGAAAACAAGCUUGGGCAGGGGGGCUUUGGUCACGUCUACAAGGGUAAACUUCCUGGAGGAGAGGAAAUAGCAGUAAAAAGGCUUUCAAAAAUCUCCGGCCAAGGCUUACAGGAGUUCAAGAAUGAAAUUAUAUUGAUUGCGAAAUUACAACACAGAAAUCUUGUUAGAUUAUUAGGCUGCUGUAUAGAGGGGGAAGAGAAGAUGCUGCUUUAUGAAUACAUGCCAAACAAAAGUCUAGAUGGCUUUCUUUUUGACUCUGCAAAGCAGGCUCUAUUAGACUGGAAGACAAGAUUCGAUAUCAUUGAGGGGAUCGCUAGAGGUCUUCUUUAUCUCCAUCGAGAUUCAAGGCUAAGAAUCAUUCAUCGAGACCUAAAGGCUAGCAACAUUUUGUUGGAUGAGGAAAUGAAUCCAAAGAUUUCAGACUUUGGCAUGGCCAGAAUAUUUGGAGGAAACCAAAAUGAAUUGAACACGAACCGAGUUGUUGGCACGUACGGUUACAUGUCACCUGAGUAUGCAAUGGAAGGCCUAUUUUCAGUAAAGUCAGAUGUUUACAGCUUUGGAGUAUUACUACUAGAAAUCGUGAGUGGCCGGAGAAACACCAGUUUUCGUUCCACUAUUCAUGUCAGCCUCAUUGCCUAUGCAUGGGAACUUUGGCGUGAAAAUAGAACAAUGGAGCUAGUUGAUCUAUCUAUUCGAGAUUCGUGUAACGAAAGUGAAGUAUUGAAAUGCAUACAUGUAGGCAUGUUAUGUGUGCAAGAUUCUGCAGUUCACAGACCAACUAUGUCAGCUGUGCUGUUAAUGCUUGAAACCAAUAGUCCAACCCUGCCAUUGCCGAGGCAACCCACUUACACUUCAACAAGAACCUCCAUAGACACAUCCGAAAUCUUUCCUGAAGGUCAAGAAAUUCAAGAAAUUUCAUCAGGGACAGACAACGUCAGAGAGUUGAGUUCAAGCAGUGUUGGAUUAAUUUCUGGAAGCAGAAUCAAUGGAACCAAGAAAAAAAUUUAAAAUAACAAGUCAACGUUUGUUGAUCUGCUCAGGACAUAAUGUAGUUAUCUAUCUACAUUAAUUGCACAGAUCUUUGUCUAAAGUCUGUUUGGUUUUUUGUGUAUUGAAAAAUGAAUACUGAGUGGUUGGAAUAUUAGAUUCAAAAGAAAUGUGGUCAACCACAGGUCAUUUUAAUAUGUUUAUGCAUAAACAUGUGAGAAAUUUAAA